GCACCUCCCUCCCCUCCCCCUCCCUCCAUCAUUUCCCAGCCUCAUUCUGGACACCGGGACCGGAGCCACCGAGCAGCCACCGGCCUGACCCAGGAAUCUCUCAGUGAGUAGAGAAACACACAAACCCCGGGAAUGGGUCGAUUCUGAGUUGAUUUUGCGGCUGCGGAACCGUCGCUGAGUUCCAGAUAUGAAUAUUUUCCUGCCGUUACGGGGUCCCGGCGCCGUUUCCUUGCCCGGCCGGUACAUUGGCCAAUACCCUGAGGGGCACAUUGGCGGCCAUUGAAGGUUUCAGGCUUUACAUGGCGCAAGAAAGGGGGAAAAUGCCAAAAUCUUUUGGGGGGGCAGCAGAGUCGGGGAGAAUGUGGCGCGGUUCUUGCUGCUCUACAAUGUAAUUUCUGCCAAUAACCCCCCCACACACACUGACAAGGAUUUGCUGACAAUGGGACUGGCCCAUGAUAGAGACCCCCCCUAUUCAUAGGUUUCCCAGCGCUGAAUGAGCCCCUCACAAAACCCCCCGUUGCCGGAGAUGCUUUUUACUUCCAUUUCGGGCUGAGAAGCCAAUAAAUAUCUCAGAAGAUUCUUUCGGAUCAUUUGGAUUGUUCGGAAAACUUGGAAAUUUACAAAUCAAGGACAAACAUGUCAGAAGGGGUUCCGCGUCUGCGGUUCUGGAUCCAAACUCAGCUUGGAACCUUGUACUGAGAACUUUCUCCUGUAGUAACUGCUGCCCGGGGGCAAAACUCGCUUCGAGAAUGGAAACCUACGGUCAGGAUUUCUGCUCUUCCACUAAUGUGGCCCCCCCUGUUGGACCCCAUUAGAACUCCUCUCCAUGAUGUGCGGAUGACAGGAUCCAACAUCUGCCGGAGUGGAUUUAUAGAAAGUUCUGGGGGGUAAAAAGGGGAUAAAAGAACUGAAGGACUGAAAAUUCCAUUAAAUGCUGAUGCCGCACAGAAAGGGAAAGUCUGGGGGAGAAGCCACUCCAGUGAGUGCUGUAAAGUACCCACUUCAAAGGGGGUCUAGUGUUGAGACUCCAGAAGAUGACCUCUGGUUCCUCUGACCUGGUAACCAUUCUUGGGGUUGAGAAGAACGGAGCCAUGAAUCUCCUGUAUAGAAAGAGUAGAGUGGAGUGGAGGCAGAAAGACGAGGAGACAAAAAAGAGCAAUACAGGGAAGGUCCGGGACAUGGCCUCGUUCCGCCGCCACUUCCGAAUGGGAUUCAUGACCAUGCCGGCCUCGCAGGAACGAGACCCUCUACCAUGUGGGAACGCCAUGGCCCCACGCUCCCUGUCCUGCCAUUCUGUUGGCAGCGCUCCAGAAGAGAGUGGAGGAGAAGGUGGACCCACGGGGAGGAGACCCCCAGCCAAGCCGAAGAGGAAUCCCAGCACCAAACUCAGCUUUGCCGGGGAGGGGAGAGUUCAGGAUGAACGAAGGAUACGGAAGGAAGGAGGGUCCCUCAAAAGUGCCUCUGAGUCCCGCCGCAUGCCCCCCCAGAAGCCGCAGCGGAGCCCCCAUACACACCUUUCAGCCUCCUUUGAUGAGACCUAUGCCAGGCGACCAGCCUCCACCUCUGCCAUCCAGCCUUCCACUACAUGCCCUUCCUCACACUCCCCAGAAGAACCCGUCUACAUUGAAAUGGUGGGAAAUGUUUCAAGAGGGCUCCCCCCACCUUCGACCCCAGCUCCACCAGAUGAAGAUUCAGAUGGAGAAGAAGAGGCCAUUUACGAGGAGAUGAAAUAUCCGGUACAUGAAGAACAUCCAUCUCAUCUAAGGCAUCCUCAGCGCCGCCACGCUCCUCCACUCAGGACACCUGAAGUGGACAUCCCCCCUCCGUUCCCAAAUUUGCUGCAGCAUCGUCCUCCAUUACUGGGAGCCCCUUCAGGCAAGGGCAAUAAAGUCACAAAACCUAUUCCCCCAGUGUCUUCUAAGCUGCCAGUUCCUCACAAGGAGUUGCCACCCUCAGUUGCAACCUCUUCCAUUCAUCUUCCUCCUUCUGGCCGUGCUCGUAGCCAUUCGACUCCAUUGCCCCCACAGACUUCAGUCCAGCAUAGGCCAGAAUCUGUAACCCCACUUUCUCGAGGCUCAGGCUGCACGCAGGAGAAAGGGACAUCCAUGCUUCCCAUUCCACAUGGGCAAUCCCGAGACAAAGCCCUCUCUUACACAAUGGUCUACUCUUCAGUGAAGGUGACACAUUCCCUACUUCCAGCCUCACAGGUGGAAGAGAAGACAGAACGGGAGAUCUCAGUGCUAUCCGGACUCAUCUGUCCAGCAUCCCGUGUGGCGGGGACACAGUUGCCCAGCCGCCCACCCUCAACCCAGCCUCACCAGGGGCAAGGGGAACAGUCUUCCCCUGCUGUCUGGACUUAUCCUGCAGGCAGGAGGCCGCCAGCAUAUGAAAAUAGCAUGAAGGGCUCCAGAGGAACACAGGCCACAGAUCCUCGAGGAGGGACGGUGGAGGAGGAAAGGGCCGGUACAGUGUGGGACUUACAGAGAAGGAUGUCCUGUGGACGAAGAAGCCAAAUGGGUGAACCACUGGCAGAUGGAUCCCGGGUUUGGAAUGGGAAUCCAGUGAGGCCGGAGAAGGGGAGUCAGGGGACUGGGGGUUCAGGAAUCCCAGUGAGAACUCAGCAGAGCCUGGACGGUGCCGUUGGGCGCGGAGCAAGUAGGACGGGGCUACCGGUUCCAUGUCAAACCUUCCCAUCUUGCCACCGGACCACAGACCUUGGGGGGAUUUACCGUCUUGGUCGCUCUGCCUCAACCUCGGGGGUACGUCAAGCGUCGACACAGCGGCAGAGCCAGGCCAUGCUGCCCAGUACACCCCCAGUUCCUUCGUCCAAUAGGGAGAGAGAUGGGAAGCUCCAGGAGGUCAUCGAACGCAAGCGAUUCCUGUGCCACGAGAUUAAAUCCCGGCAGCCAAGAGUGGAGCGGGGAUUAUGCAAGCAGGAGAGUCUGCCCAUUCUGCCCAGCUGGCGUCGGGGCCCCGAGGGGCGCAAAGGGGGUACCCCACCGUGCCAUCGGCAGCAAGCUGUGGUGUGGGACACUGCCAUUUGAGUUCAUCUGCCCAACUUCAACCUGAGGUCUCUCCCGGGGACGCUGGCCGGAACCCUGAAGAGAAAGCCAGGGGUGGAGACAAGAUGUGGUUUGGAAAUGGAGAUACUUGGAGGAUACAAUAUGAUUUGCAUGUAUUAAGGUAUUAGUAAGGGAGAGGGUUGGAGUAUUGUGUGAGUAGAGCCAAGAUGGAAGGAUGUGGGGGUGUCCCCUUAGGGAAAAGUAUUAUAUGUAUAUACAGGUUACCCUGCAAGGGAGAGGUGAGGAGGCGCCCGUUGUGUCUUGGGUUGGUGAGGGAUGGUCUCCACUGAGGAGUAACGUGAGGGACGCUUGGUUGUGGAAACGUUGAAACCAACCUUGCAUUUGAGAGUGACCCUAAGGGAAUGGGCCAUGGGAAUGGGGGCAGGAAGGGGGUGUUGAGGUGCCAUGCCCUGUUCUGGAGAGAUAAUAUGAUGGUGGGAAGGUUGGGAGGCUUCGUUGGCAAAGAGCAGAUGACAAAUGGUAAAUUUCCCAAAUGUCCCAAAGUAAUAAGCAAUGGGCAGUAGUAAUGUGCCAAACUAGGAGAUAUGCCUACGGGAGGGCACAUUGGUAGGAGAUGUGAGAUGGACCCUGGAACCAUGAUGGCAGCAAAGCCAUACCCUAGGGAGGCUGCCCUGGACAGUAGGUCACCAUGCCAAGACCCCACAACAGCGCAACAAUGAGGCUCUUAGACAUCUUCUUAAGUGUUGUCCAAGACUGCAACACAAAUACCCCACAAAAGGCCCAACCCUGAGGUCCUAGAUACGUCUUGAUGUUCAAGACUGCAGCCUACUGCCCCGGCCUACAAACCCCAUGGUCAUUUGAUGCAAACUGGUGCCUUCAAAUGGUCAUGGGAUUUGUAGAGCAACAGUCUGGUCACUAUGGCUGGUAGGCAAACUGCUGGAGAAAAGGGACUCAAGGGUCAGUGGGGGUAUUUAGAUUGGACACACUCUGAGUGUUGCCCAGAUAGCAAGGGUGCCCAGUAUAAAGGGCGGGUGAGGCAUUGUGGGAAGGAUAAUGUGGGAUUGUAUGGCCAAGUGAGUCCAUGAUGAUGGGACAUUGCCUGGGCAGAUACCAACCAAGAGUCCAAAGCAUUCAGAUACACUCCUCUAUCAUCAGUGGGAGCUUCUGGAGGUUGGACCUCCGAACCAGAACUCUCAGGGUUCUCUGACAGUCAUUGGCUGUGGGAGGGCCCUAAAAGCUGUAUUUUAGCCAGUCUUGGAAGAGCCCAGGUUGCCAGGCAUAUCUGACCCCUUCCUUGUCUAACUACCCCAUCACUUAGUCCCAACAACUGCCCCACCCGGCAAGGCAGCUUUAGGGAACUGCCCCCUCGGAACCUGUCACAUUCUGCUCCAGUUUUUGGGACACACGCUUUUUUUACAGGGACUUUUUUUGGGGUGGGAGGGGCUAAUAGAAAAUACCGUCAGAAUUCCUACGAAUACAUAAUCAUAUUACGUUUUCGCUUUUUCGUAUCAUUUUUUCUGAAACUGUAAAAAGUUUUUCGACUAUCUAUCCAUGUAUAUAGGCAGUAAAACGACAAACAUUUUUGUACAGAGGAGGAACUGAAGGGUUAAAAAGAUUGUAACAUCGAUUCCGUUUGCCUCUUUAAACCCCACGUCUGCCAAAUUGUGUUGCUUAUUGUCGCUCUCUCUAUGGCAUUUCAUUGGCCAAUUCCUUUCCUAUUGGAAUCCAAGAAAUGUGAUGAAACGAUUGGUUGAAUGUAUUUCCUGGCUCCGUUGGGCCAUUUCUUUAUAUUAACCCUGUAUUUCCUUAUUUAUUUCUUUAUAUUAACCCUUUAUUUCCUUACUAUUUCC